AUGGCUCCUGAAAAGCUGCAUGAAGCCAUCAAUCUCGCUGAGCUCGAGCGACUUCAAAUUGUCCUACAGGAUCUCUGUAAGGCGGUUCCACAAGCUAGAACUUUUGUCGAGCAGCAACUCCUAGUUUCCGAAUCUGAUAUUGGCAGCUCGGGCACUGAGGGUUCCGACAGCGACAGCGACAGCUCCACCCCUCGCACCACAAAAAAUAGAGGUUCAAAACGGAAAGCCACGGAUCAUGAAGACUUGAACAGCAAAGAUACCUCGGCCAAUGGAUCCUCUAACAAACGACAGCGUCUUCGGUACGCAUUUUGUACAAACUGCAAAGAGGAGUUCGACGUAGCCGAUAACCGUCGUGGAGAUUGUAUCUUCCAUGAUGGCGAGCUGGAGCCCGACUACGAUGAUUUUUUUGCAGAUCACGAUGAAAAUAUUCACGGCGAUAUAGAUUCGGACUUCUGCAAAGAGGCAUAUCCAGAAGGAUAUACUUGGUCGUGCUGCGACGGGGAAGGGAUAUACUCAGAAGGCUGCCAUAAAGGUAAACAUGACGUGGACCAUGGUCACAAACCGCACGCACAAAGGCCGAAUAUCUGGGAUUAA